AUGGUCUCCUUUCACAAAGCGCUGCCCGAGACCCCCAUAACACAAGUUCCUGCAGAAUUUGACGCUCCACCAAGGAAGAGAAAGUGGCAAGAGGAGACACUCACUGAAGAAUUCUUCAAGACUGAUCCAACUGAUGCAGAGAAACGAAAAUCCAUCUUUGGUAUAGAGCUUCACCUCCAGACACCAUUACCUUCAAAUAAAUUGCCACAGUACCUCACCAUUCAGUCAGGGCAGAUACAAUUGUGCAACGCAGGGAUGAGUAUGAUGAAAACACCUGAUUCGGAGAGAAACUCUGAUCCUAAAGCACCAUCACAUGGUCAAAUGAGCCUAGACCUUGAGCUGUCACUGAAGAAAAAGGAAGAAAGUUAUGAUAUAAAUGAGAAGAACUGUGGUUCCACUAGGAGCACUUUUGGUGACCAUGAUCUAUCGAUUGAAUCAAGCAAGUGUAAAAUGGAUGAUUCAUGUGCUUUAACUCAACCUCCAUCGUGGCUAUCAUCAGAGGGAGAUCACAAGGAGAUGAUUGCAACAGUUUGUAUGAGGUGUCACAUGUUGGUAAUGCUGUGCAAGUCAUCCCCUACUUGUCCAAACUGCAAAUUCAUGCACCCACCAGAUCAGAACCCUUCCAAAUUCUUGAAGAGGAAGAAGGUGGAGCCUCUCUUAUGCUAA